UCGCAGAAAACAGGAAGUAGUGUGCAGCAGACCAGGACCAGUGGAAUUGAAGCGCUUAUGAGAAGCUGUGAAGAAAAUGAGGAGUUUAAAUGGUGUGUUGUGUUUGUUAUUCAGUCUGAGUUUAAUGUUAGAUCAGAUCUCUAUCCGUGCUUCAGACGCGAGUGGAGACGAAGAGCGAACAGCGAGUGAUUUCCAGGAGAACAUCUUCUUCCCCUCUCUGAGCCUGAGCAUGUCUGAGGAGCAGGAGAUCACUAAAUAUUGCUUGGACCUGAUGCAUGAGUAUGGUCGGACGUAUUCGAGUUUAGCGAGCUGCCUGGUGUCUAGCGCACGACCUGUCAAAGUGUGUCAGAACUGCUAUGGCAGGAACAACAGCUUCCAGGAGGUCUUUGCGAACAUCUCCACAGGGAUGGGACCCGGGAACAUGAGCUGUGAAGAGGUCCUCUUUCGCUCAGACAGACUGAUGCUGCUCAUCAACCUUUACAAUUAUCUGGAAGACGUCUGGACGGUGUCUGAAUGUCUCAAUUGUCUGUCUAAAGAUCGGGGGAGCGUGUCGAAUACAACACUUUACUUCCUGGAUCUACACAAUCAGUCGCUGAGCUGCUUUGAAAAAUACAAGCAGGGGAACUACUCCAAGCUGUGUGUAGAUUGCAGGCCAUCAUAUAAAGUUCUCAACGAUUUCUAUAGCAAAAUGUCGAACAACAAUUCCCUCUGCAUCGAUAUAGAGGAUGCGAUGAACAUGACGAGGCAUUUGUGGAGCACGACCUACAAAUGUUCUUUACAGCGUGAGGAGAACGUUCCGGUCAUCGCCGUGUCCAGCUUCAUGCUCUUCCUUCCGCUCAUCUUCUACUUAAGCAACUAUCUGCACUCUGAGCAGAAGAAACGCAAGCUCAUGCACCCCCGAAGAGUCAAGUCCAGCCACAGCCUAAAGAAUAGCCAAGAGAAGUACAGCUGAGGAGAAGGAGAUGAUGAUGAUGAUGAUGAUGAUGAUGAUGAUGUAGAAGAUGACGAGGAGAACCUCUCCGUUCAUCCGAGAAGAAAAAAAAGAUAGAAAUGUGAUGGAUUGUAAAUCAUUCACAGACAUUCUGGUAAUUUAUUUAAAUCGCUUUAAUUCUAAAUCUAUUUCACGACGUUCUGAUCUACUGCGUGUUUUUUGAGAGUAGGACGUUUCCCAAUUCCAGAGAAUUCGGAGUUCGGGUUCGGUCUCGACCGGUUAUUCCGUCAUCUGGCUGCGAAACUAAGAGGACAUCGUCCCGGCCGCUAAAAGCUUUUUAUUAUUUAUUUCUUUCGGGGAGAGCAGCGUCGGCUCGUAAAUAUAACAUAGCAGCAGUAGCGCCGUUGUGAGCACUUGAUGUCCAUUAGUGAUCCAUUAAUAAAUACGUGGUGCAUGCAUGGAGAGGAGAGGAGAGGUAAAAGCAAUGGCUGAAAUGAAAGGAGAAUGCACUAAAGAACUAUGCGCAUCACGUGACGUUUCGGACGUGCCUUUUCUUCUUUUCUUUUUUUUUUUUUUUUUUUUUUAACCUUCCUCUUGUAUACGAACUGACCAUCUCUACCACUUUUUUUUUCUGUACUAAUGUGUUUUUGAAUUACUAUACGGUCCUGAUGUUGCAGUCUGACUGGUUUUCUGGUCCGGCAAAGAACAGAUUUUAUAUAUAAAUAUAUAAAUAAUGUAUGAAAUGUGUGUAAAGACCGAGAGAGUUAACUGAUGCGCUGUAUAUUCAACCCGAAUAAGAUUCCACUGGCUUGGCAGGUCGGAUAUAAUUUGCUAAAGCGUUGUUUUCAGGUUACUCGGCGUCCGUUUUGCGUCGACAUCCUGAUCGGAUAAUCUAAAUGUAGGAUAAAGUUACUUGGGCAAAAACAA